GGUUCCGGAUCCCGGCUGCGCUGGUCGUUCACGGGUUUGGCAGGUGGUGGGGACGACGGAGUGACCACCCGCGUCCGGGCCGCCGGGAGAUGGGCAGGCCGGGCCUCCUGACCACCGUGCUGGUGGGGUCCCUCCUGGGCAGCGCCGUCGGGGGGCUGGUCCUCUGGAGAGCCAUCCGACGCCGGAGGGGCCGAGCCAGACCCGUCCGGGAGCCGGCCGCGGGGAGCGAGGAGUCGGAAGAGGCCCGAGCGGAGGCACCGGCGGCGGUGGGCCGGACGGAUCCCGCCCCUCACGCCCCCCGGGACGUGCCGUCGUGGGUGGAGAGGCUCCUGGCGGCGGACGUGGUCACCGUGUCCGGCCGGGAGGAAUGGGAGCGGAUCGAAGAGCGGCUCCGGAAGGACUUGGAAGAGUGUCCGCUUCUGGGGAUCGACUGUGAGUGGAUUCCCAGCUCCGGGUCGGGUAGCAGAACAAGCAGGUCCCUGCCGGGAGCGCCCGCUGAGAAGGGGAGUCUCGGUGAAUGUGUGAGUGUGGACGGCAAGCCUCAACCCGUGUCCCUGCUCCAGAUGGCCUCCCCCAGCGGGCUGUGCGUCUUGGUUCAUCUGCCCAAGAUGGUCAGCGGGGGCGAGGCCCUCCCCGAGGCCCUGCUGGACAUCUUGGCGGACGGCGCUAUCUUGAAGGUUGGGGUCGGCUGCUGGGAAGACGCCACCAAGCUGCUCCAGGACUACGGGGUCACGUUUAGAGGGAGCCUGGAUCUCCGCUAUCUGGCCGGAAGGAGGAGGAAGGAUCUGCUCCAAAAUGGGCUGAGCCUGAAAUCCCUGGCAGAGACGGUCUUGAACCUUCCGCUCAACAAAUCCCUUCUCCUGCGCUGCAGCAACUGGGAUGCUGACCAUCUCACUCAGGAGCAGGUGGCUUACGCUGCUAAGGAUGCUCAAGUCUCCGUGGCCGUGUUUCUCCACCUCCUGGGCUACCCCUCCAAGGCUGCCCCCGGGCCCCAGGCCACUGCUGGCAGCUGGGGAAAGGUUCUGGUGGAGUGUCAGGGUUUGGUGGACGUCCCCUUCCGAGGCAAAGGCGGCGGCAGCGGCCCGGAGGAGGAAGAGAACAGGGAAGGCCCGCAGAAGCCAAGGAGUCGGAAGUCUGGAGCGAACGGAUCAUCCCCGGCCAACCAGCAAGGGAGAGAUCCCAGGAAACACAAGCGGAAACCCCUGGGGGUGGGCUAUUCUGCCAGAAAGUCGCCCCUCUACGACAACUGCUUUCUCCACGCUCCAGACGGACAGCCCCUGUGCACGUGCGAUCGCAGGAAGGCCCAGUGGUACCUGGACAAGGGCAUCGGAGAACUGAUGAGCGAGGAGCCCUUCGUCGUGAAGCUGCGAUUCGAGCCUUCGGGGCGUCCCGAGUCCCAAGGAGAUUACUACCUGACCGUUAAGGAGAACCUGUGUGUGGUGUGUGGCAAGAGAGAGUCUUACAUCCGGAAGAACGUGGUCCCGCACGAGUACCGGAGGCACUUCCCCAUCCAGAUGAAGGACCACAACUCCCACGACGUGCUGCUGCUGUGCACGGCCUGUCACGCCGUCUCCAACUACUACGACAACCACUUCAAGCGCCGGCUGGCCCAGGAGUUCGGGGCGCCCAUCGGGUCCGAGGACGGGGUCCGCCCGCUGGAGGACCCCCGGCGCCGGCACGUGCGGUCGGGGGCCCGGGCCCUGCUGAACGCCGACGGCCUGCCCGCCCGGCGCAGGGAGGAGCUCCUGCAGGGCCUCAGGGCCUUCUUCGACAUGGACGUCGUCACGGACGACAUGCUGCGCGAGGCCGCGGGUCUGGAGACCAGGAUUUACAACGAGAGCUACGUGCCCCACGGGCUGAAGGUUGUGCAGUGCCACGCCAAAGGCGGGCUGCGCUCCCUGAUGCAGCUGGAGGCCCGCUGGCGCCAACACUUCCUGGACUCCAUGCAGCCCAAGCACCUGCCCCAGCAGUGGUCCAUUGACCACAACCACCACAAGCUGCUCAGGAAGUUCGGGGAGGACCUGCCCGUCGAGCUGUCCGGAUGACCGCGGCCGGGAGAGGACCGAGAAGGGAAGGGCCGACGACAGGCAGGCCGGAGCCGCCCGCUUCGCCCACAGUGACCGUGGGACCGAGCCGGGUUUCCGCAGAGUUGGUUCGAGAUCUGACUGGGCCGGUGCAGCCGUCUUUGGCCUCUCUUCCUGCUCUGUAUCCGGCCGGUCCUCGGCCUCUCUCUUCCCGGCAGGAGCGAAGGCAGCCGCCCUGGAGACCAUGAGGUCCCUUCCGGCUCUGUCACGGGGGGGCAGGGGAGGUUUGAUCCUCGUCCGUCCCUUUGAAAGGGGCUUCCUGGGAUGGCAGACGGUCCCUUCACAGGGGGUUGGACGGGAGAGAAGAUGGCAGCCAGUCUCCUCACAGAACAAGAGAGGAAUCCUCCCCACAGAGGAGCGGCCUGGCUCCCGCCGGGCCUCAGAGACGAUCCCCUGGGCCUGGUGAAGUUAAGCGUCCCACUGGAGGAGAAGGCCCGUCCGACCCGUCGGAAGGGAAGCCUGUGGCAACCUGGAGUUGGAAGCACCGACUCGCGGCCUGGUGGGAAAGAGCAACUGACCCUGGACUUGUUCUAACCUCGCUGCGAUCAGCUGUUGUCCCAGUAAUAGCACAGUCUGGGGUGGGCAAUCUCACCCCUUUCAGGACCUGACCCUUUGGGGUCUCCCUCCCCUGGGCAUGUGAUGUUGACUUCUUUUAACCCCUAGCUCCUCUCCAGAGUCUAAUUCUCCCCCAGCUCUUCUCCAGAACCUGAUGUUC